AUGGAUGCACAAGCGGCGCGUCCGUCGCGACAGUCGGAUGCAGCAGCAUCACAAAUCCAACGCUCACGUGCUGCAACACCUUCGCUUACACACAAGGCUUCCACCGUCAGCACCACAGACACAUUUGCCUCUGCGACCGACGGCCAAGGAUACUAUACCGACGCGGCUGAUGUAAGCGCCUACCACGAUGACGUGCGUAGCCGGUUCGACAGUGUUCCGAAUACGAUCAAUGGCUAUGGACUGGAUCAACGAGAUGGGGAGGCGCGCCUGCCGAGAUCGUCUUGCAGCAGGACAGAUGAGCAAGGCGAUGUUAUGAUCACCAACGUGCAUGAACCGCAGAUCACCUCACCACAGCUUCAAGCGAAUCCGCAGCAGCCACCGAUCGAAGCAGUGGCCUCGCCAUCCAUCUGUUCAAAUCGGAACGCAUGCGCCGAAGAAGCUGGCAAACCGACUGGGUGUGAGCAGCAAUCUUGUGUGCCAGAUGCAUACCACCGACUGGCGCGACACGCAGCAAUUGUGGGGCUGCUCAUGUUUUCGGCCAUCUGGGGAACGCUAGCGCGUGAAGGCAUGGUAGCACUCAACACGUACGACGGCGAAAGUGUGGCGCCGCUCAUAUGGGCGCAAGCGGUCGGUUGUCUGAUCAUGGGCGUCGCGAUCGGUGCGAACCGUGAGCCGAUCGAGCGCACGUAUCCGCCUGCGUACAUCAUGAUCACUACCGGUCUAUGCGGCAGCAUCACCACGUUUUCAAAGUGGAUGCUGGAUGUGUUUCGUGCAUUUGGCGAUCAGCGACACUUUGAUCGAGGCGGCUUGCACAAUGUCAUGGAUGCGUUGUCGCAGACCGCAGUGACGUUGGGGAUGGCUUUGAUUAGCGUUGAGGCGGGAGUUGCGCUUUCAAGCGUGGUCAAUGUGGAAAAGCUGGUUGCUGCAUUCCAUCAUUGGCGCUCCAGGCCAGGCUUGCAUCCGUCACGCACGCCACGUGCAGAUCUCACCGAUGGCGAAUCAAAGACGCACAUGGUUCAAGCGCGCCCGACGCUUAUUCUGGACACAUGCAUGUUUUUACUUGGGCUGAUCUUCUGGAUCGGCUGUGCGCUUCUGUGUGCCCUAUAUGGCGGGUUCCGACAUGUCACAUUCAGCCUCGUUCUCGCGCCUGCUGGUACUGUCGCGCGAUGGUACUUGUCGCGCCUCAACACACAUGCGCUCUCGAGACGAUUCUCACUACCGCUCGGCACGCUCGCUGCGAAUCUGCUGGCGACUGCGCUUAUCUGUGCCGCUUUUACCGCAUCGCGUGCAGGCUCCAUGCCCACAUCUUUCGCUGGCCGACUCACCGGAUGCCAAGCGCUGCAGGGCCUCCAAGACGGGUUCUGCGGCUGCCUGUCCACCGUCAGCACAUUCGCGGUCGAGUUGCGCACAAUCAAGCCUAGACGCAACGCGCUUAGGUAUGCGCUCCUCUCGUGGCUCGCCGGUCUGCUUCUCUGCGUCCUCCUGCUCGGCGCCCCGUGGUGGAGCGUCGGCAUGGACGGACGAUGCCUCGGAUACCCCAUGUAG